UCAGACCGAAAGAGAGAGAGAGAAAGUGAGAGAUAGGAAGAGCCCUUCCGUGCUCCGCUCGGUGUUUCCCGAUUAAACCUCGCCCUCACUCGGCCUCGCCUCUUCCUCCAGUGCCGGACGACUUUUUUUAGUAUCUACUGGGCGGACCUGGUGUGUGUGUCUCUGUGUGUGGUUUUUUUUUUUACCCUCACCGGCCGACAGAAACAUUUUACCGGGGGCGGGGAGGCAAACAAGAAGACAGAAGAAGAAGGAGAAGCGGGAAAUAUGGCUACGACAACCUGUACAAGAUUCACGGACGAGUAUCAACUCUAUGAGGAGCUUGGCAAGGGCGCCUUUUCAGUGGUGCGUCGAUGCGUGAAGCUAUGCACGGGACAGGAGCAUGCGGCCAAAAUCAUCAACACCAAAAAGUUAUCGGCCAGAGAUCACCAGAAGUUGGAACGAGAGGCUCGCAUCUGUCGCCUGCUCAAACAUCCCAACAUCGUUCGUCUUCAUGACAGCAUAUCAGAGGAGGGCUUCCACUAUCUGCUCUUUGACUUGGUGACCGGAGGUGAAUUGUUUGAAGACAUCGUCGCCCGAGAAUACUACAGUGAGGCCGACGCCAGCCACUGCAUCCAGCAGAUCCUGGAGGCCGUGCUUCACUGCCAUCAAAUGGGGGUUGUUCACCGAGACCUGAAGCCAGAGAACCUGCUCCUGGCCAGCAAAUGCAAGAACGCGGCGGUGAAGCUGGCUGACUUUGGCCUGGCCAUCGAGGUGCAGGGGGAGCAGCAGGCCUGGUUUGGUUUUGCUGGUACACCAGGGUACCUGUCCCCUGAGGUCUUGAGGAAGGAGGCAUAUGGUAAACCUGUGGACAUUUGGGCCUGUGGGGUGAUCCUGUACAUCCUGCUGGUGGGUUACCCUCCUUUCUGGGACGAGGACCAGCACAAGCUGUACCAGCAGAUUAAGGCCGGAGCCUACGAUUUCCCUUCUCCAGAAUGGGACACGGUAACCCCGGAGGCCAAAAACCUGAUCAACCAGAUGCUGACCAUCAACCCGGCCAGGAGGAUCACCGCCCAGGAAGCCCUCAAGCACCCGUGGGUCUGCCAACGCUCCACGGUGGCUUCCAUGAUGCACAGACAAGAGACAGUGGAGUGCCUGAAGAAGUUCAAUGCCAGGAGGAAACUCAAGGGAGCCAUCCUCACCACCAUGCUGGUCUCUCGGAAUUUCUCCGUGGGCAGCCGGCAGACCACCGCUCCGGCCUCUGCGCUUCCGGUCUCUGUCAGCGCCGGUACCACAGCGGGUACCGCCGCGGGGUUGGUGGAACAAGCAGCCAAGACUUUGCUGAACAAGAAGGCCGACGUGAAGAAACGCAAGUCCAGCUCGACUGUGCAGUAUAUGCCUCAGACAAACAGCAAAAACAGCAUAGUCACCAGCCCCAAGGGAAACAUCCCUUCACCUGCUCUGGAGCCCCAGACCACCGUCAUCCAUAACCCGGUGGACGGGACUAAGGAAUCAUCGGACAGCAGCAACACCACUGUGGAAGAUGAAGAUGUGAAAGCCCGCAAACAGGAAAUCAUCAAGAUCACCGAGCAGCUCAUCGAGGCCAUCAACAAUGGAGAUUUCGACGCUUACGCUAAAAUCUGCGACCCGGGCUUGACUUCCUUUGAACCGGAGGCACUGGGCAAUCUGGUGGAAGGGAUGGACUUCCACAGGUUCUACUUUGACAACCUGCUGUCAAAAAACGACAAGCCGAUCCAUACCACCAUCCUGAACCCUCACGUGCACCUGAUCGGCGAAGAUGCCGCCUGCAUCGCGUACAUUCGCCUCACGCAGUUUGUGGACGGGCAGGGCCGGCCGCAAUCCAGUCAGUCUGAGGAGACCCGAGUGUGGCACCGCAGGGAGGCCAAGUGGCAGAACAUACACUUCCACUGCUCCGGAGCACCAGCCGCGCCGCUGCAGUAGUCGGGAGUGAAGAGGAGGACGACGACGACGAUAAUCAAGACACACACACACACACAAUUUGAGGCUUCACUUGUGUCACUGCACUGGAAACACUCUGUAAAGUUUGAAAUCCUUAUUGUAACAAUGAAUACUAAUUAUUAUUAUUACCCAUUUGUAUACAAUGUGUUAUUUGUACCAUGAAAA